AUGUCACGCUCUCCAGAGCGUGGUGUAGGAGAGAUCGAUCAGGCCAAGCAUGAUCAACUGUUUCUGAGCUUGAAAGCGAAGUUGAUGGCGGAUUAUGGGAUUGACCCGGACCGUGAUUUUGGUCAGCCUUCGAGGGGGCAGCAGCAGCAGCAGCAGCAGCAGCAACAGCAUUCUCACGAUGACGACGGCGAUGGUCAGGACGAGGAAGAGGGAUGUGGUCACGCCACUUGCGAACAUGGGCAUUCCGACGACGUCCCUGGCUUGUCUUCAUCCGGGCUGAGUUUGAGUGAAUCUAUACUGGAGUACCGUAUGGAGAACGGGAGGACAUAUCAUCGGUACAAGGACGGCAACCUCCAACAUAACGUCUUCCUCCUCACGUUUGACAACAGGCUCGGUCUCGCGCCGCCGUGCCAGAAGGGGGCCGAAGUCCCUGGCAGGGUCCUCGACGUUGGAACGGGGACGGGGAUAUGGGCUAUUGACUUUGGCGACGAACACCCCGAAGCCGAAAUUCAAUCCAGCCUACCGCCAAACGUCGACUUUGAAGUAGACGACAUUGAGGAGGAGUGGGUGUUUGACGAACCGUUUGACUACAUUCACAGCCGCCUCAUGACUUCUAGCAUAGCAGACUGGAAGGACAACCUCACACCGGGAGGCUACCUAGAACUCCAAGAAGUCGACGUAGGCCCCUCAUGCGACGACGGCACCCUCGACCCUACAACCUCGGCGCUGGCGCGGUACUGCGCGCUCCUACACGACGCCUCGGUGAUGCUGGGCCGUCCUUACCAGGAGAUCCCCAAGCUCGCCGACCUGAUGCGUGAUCCGGAGGUCGGGUUCGUGGACGUCGAGGUCCGCGUGUUCAAGUGGCCGACCAACGGGUGGCCUGCCGCGGACACGGAGGAAGGGAGGAGGCUGAAGGAGCUCGGGGUGUGGAGCGGGGAGAAUAUCGUGGCUGGGCUGCAGGGGUUUGCGAUGGCGCCGUUUACGAGGGCGUUUGGGUGGUCCAAGGAGGACGUCGAUGCGUUUUUGGUGGGUGUCAGGAACGAGAUGAGGGAUGAGAGUAUUCAUGCUUACGGGCUCGUGUGA